GCUGGGUUCCUGGCCGACCCACUUCUGUCGGCUCCGAGGCGGGAAGCGCCUUUUCCACAGGAUAUCAAUGCAAGCCUGAAUAAGAAAAAGAAUUUCUCCCUCCUAAGCCAUGACAUAUCAGUUGUACAGAAAUACCAUUUUGGGAAACAGUCUUCAGGAGAGCCUCGAUGAGCUUAUACAGUCUCAACAGAUUAUCCCCCAACUUGCCCUUCAAGUUCUACUUCAGUUUGAUAAGGCUAUAAAUUCAUCGUUGGCACAGAGGGUCAGGAACAGAGUCAAUUUCAGGGGCUCUCUAAAUACAUACAGAUUCUGCGAUAAUGUGUGGACUUUUGUAUUGAAUGAUGUUGAAUUCAGAGAGGUGACAGAACGUAUUAAAGUGGAUAAAGUGAAAAUUGUAGCCUGUGAUGGUAAAAAUACUGGCUCCAAUACUACAGAAUGAAUAGGAAAAAAAUGGCUUUUUAAUGCCAUCCUGUUAUUGUUCAUCACUUUUUGAAGAGAAGCAUAGAAGAGACUUUUUUAAAAAUUUAUUCUAGCAU